AUGUCAGCUAGUACUUCACUUGGGUUUGAUGAAUACGUCGCUGCAUUAACUGAAAGGUUCCAACCAUCAAAUGCCAAAAUUUCAAAAGAUGCACUAAUACAAGAUUUCCUAAGGACUUUUAAUCACGCUUUCAACGAAUCUGAAAUUUCAAUGAUACCGUGUUUUAAAAUCCAUAAACAUUUUAAUCAUGAGAAGGAUUUGGAAGGUGAAUUUAUUGUAUUGGAUAUAGGUGGUUCCACUAUAAGAAUUGGAAUAGUGGAUUUGUCAAAUCGUCGUACCCCGAUAAUCACACAAAAGCAAUGGCUGCUGAGUGAAGGUGACAAGAUUAUUCAUGAAGACUUUUUCGAAAAUUUAGUUGACAAGUUGAUUGAAUUAGUUGGAAAUAAUAAAGAAAAGUUCUGGAAUAUAGGUAUAACUUGGUCAUUUCCUCUGAAUACAGCAAAUGAAAUAGUCACAAUGGGGAAAGGCUUUCAUGUGAAACCUGAAGUUUUAGGUAUAGGUGUCGAUAAAAUUAUUUCCAAAAUUUGUCAUAAGAAAGGAUUUAAUGCUGAGGUUAAAGCAAUCAUUAAUGAUUCAGUUGCUGUCAACUUAUCAGGCUUAAUUAAUUCUGAUGUGUUGAAUUCUAAAAUAUCAUUCAUACUGGGUACUGGGCUAAAUUCAUGUGUUUUGAAAAAUAAUCAACUUAUCAAUACCGAAUUGGGAUUUUUCGGGAAAUUAGAUGAAGUUACUGUCUAUGAUAAGAAAUUAGAUUCUAGAUGGAAUAAAAUGAAAGAACCUUAUUUGAAAAACUCAAAAGUUGCACCAAUUUUCCAACCUUUAGAAUUUCUAGCCUCUGGGAGGUAUAUACCUGAAAUUUUAAGAUUAAUAAUAGUAGAGCUGAUUCGGGAUGGUGACCUUUUUUUCAAAAUUGAGAAAUUUAACAAACCUUUCACAUUACAUGGUGAUUUAAUUUGUGCUUUAGACCCAUCAAAAUCUAUAGAGGAGAUCAAAUCAGAUUUAAAAAACAGUUCUUACAAUCUCAAAGUUAAUACUAUACAAAUUGAAAUAUUACAAGCAAUUAUAGAUAUUAUUUUAGAAAGAAGUGCAAUUUACGUUUCAUGUGCAAUCAGAGCAUUAUCUCAAUUCAUUGAUCAUGACCCAAAUGAAGUGAUUAAUGUUAAUUAUAUUGGGUCUUUUCUUUUCCAUUGUGUUGAAUUUCAAAAAAAAAUCAAACAUCAUUCAGAUAAUAAAAUCCACCUAAACCACAUUGAAAAUAGCUCCCUUUUAGGGGCAGCUGUUGCAGCAUGCAUUAAUAGCCAUAGAAUCCAUUCAUCUUUUUUCAAAAGACUUUCAAGAACUCUUUAA